AGGUCCCUCGCUCGACGCCGGCCCCUCUGGACCAUGCCCACGGCCGCCGCGCUCGGGGCCCUCGUGCCAGGGCUGCUGCUGCUACUGCUGCCCCCGCACGCUGGGGGUCUCGGGGCGCGCUCGGACUUGGUCGCGGCGGACGACGCGGCGUGGGGAGGCGAGGAGGGCGCGGAGCAGCAGCUGGAGACGUACCACGACCCGUGCAAAGCCGCUGUCUUUUGGGGAGACAUCGCCUUAGAUGAAGAUGACCUGAAGUUAUUUCAUAUCGACAAGACCAAAGAUGGGAUCAAGCCACCAGAAGGAGCCGGACAUGGGCAUGACACAGGUGGGCUUGAUGAACAGCUGCUUGUGAGCUGGCCAAACUUCACAGUGGCAAAUACCAGCAGAGAAGCAGCUGGAAAAGAUGGCCAGGAGAGCACCAUGCUUCCACAGAGUGCGGGGACCAAUUUUCCCCGGGUCCGAAGAGCAACAACCUCAAGAAUUGAGAGGAUAUGGCCUGGAGGGGUGAUCCCCUAUGUCAUCGGCGGGAACUUUACUGGAAGUCAGAGAGCCAUCUUUAAGCAGGCCAUGAGGCAUUGGGAGAAGCACACCUGUGUGACCUUCAUAGAGAGGACGGAUGAAGAAAGCUUUAUUGUGUUCAGUUACAGAACCUGUGGCUGUUGUUCCUACGUUGGGCGCCGAGGGGGAGGCCCACAGGCCAUAUCCAUUGGAAAAAACUGUGACAAGUUUGGCAUCGUGGCACAUGAACUAGGCCAUGUGGUUGGGUUCUGGCAUGAGCACACCCGACCGGACAGAGACCAGCAUGUCACCAUCAUCAGAGAAAACAUCCAGCCAGGUCAGGAAUACAACUUCUUAAAAAUGGAACCUGGGGAAGUGAGUUCUCUGGGAGAAACGUACGACUUUGACAGCAUCAUGCACUAUGCCCGGAACACCUUCUCAAGAGGAGUUUUCCUGGACACCAUCCUCCCCCGACGAGAUGACAAUGGUGUCAGACCCACCAUUGGCCAGCGUGUACAGCUCAGUCAGGGAGACAUAGCUCAAGCCCGGAAGUUGUACAAAUGCCCAGCAUGUGGGGAGACCCUGCAGGACUCGACAGGAAACUUCUCUGCACCGGGUUUUCCGAAUGGUUAUCCUUCCUACACACACUGCAUCUGGAGAAUAUCAGUCACUCCAGGAGAAAAGAUUAUCUUGAACUUCACUGCCAUGGACUUGUUUAAAAGUCGCCUGUGCUGGUAUGAUUACGUGGAAGUCCGGGAUGGUUAUUGGCGAAAAGCCCCUCUUUUGGGUAGGUUUUGUGGAGAUCAAGUCCCAGAACCCCUCAUCUCCACAGACAGCCGGCUCUGGAUAGAGUUCCGAAGCAGCAGCAACAUCCUGGGCAAGGGUUUCUUCGCAGUGUAUGAAGCUACCUGUGGGGGAGACAUUAACAAGGACGCUGGCCAGAUCCAGUCUCCCAACUACCCAGAUGACUACAGACCUUCUGAGGAAUGUGUUUGGAGAAUUACAGUUUCAGAGGGCUUUCACGUGGGGCUCAGCUUCCAAGCUUUUGAGAUCGAAAGGCACGACAGCUGUGCAUAUGACUACUUGGAAAUCCGGGAUGGCCCCACGGAAGAAAGUGCCCGCAUUGGCCACUUUUGUGGCUAUGAGAAGCCCGUGGAUGUGAAGUCAAGCUCCAACAGAAUGUGGCUGAAGUUUGUGUCUGAUGGCUCCAUCAAUAAAGCUGGCUUUGCAGCCAAUUUUUUCAAGGAGGUAGAUGAGUGUUCCUGGCUGGACCGUGGUGGCUGUGAACAGCGCUGCGUGAACACAUUGGGCAGCUACAGAUGUGCUUGUGACCCUGGCUUUGAGUUGGCUGCUGAUAAGAAGACAUGUGAAGUGGCCUGCGGCGGGUUCAUUACCAAGCUGAACGGAACCAUCACCAGCCCUGGGUGGCCGAAGGACUAUCCCACCAACAAGAACUGCGUGUGGCAGGUGGUGGCCCCCGCUCAGUACCGCAUCGCCCUGCGGUUUGAAGUGUUUGAACUGGAGGGCAAUGAUGUAUGCAAGUAUGACUUCGUGGAAGUGCGUAGCGGCCUCUCCUCGGAUGCCAGGCUGCAGGGCAAGUUCUGUGGCUCUGAAACCCCCGAGGUCAUCACGUCUCAGGGCAACAACAUGCGUGUGGAGUUCAAGUCUGACAGCACCGUCUCCAAACGCGGCUUCCGGGCCCACUUCUUCUCAGACAAGGACGAAUGUGCCAAGGACAACGGUGGCUGCCAGCACGAGUGUGUCAACACAUUCGGGAGCUAUAUGUGCCAGUGCAAAAAUGGCUUCCGGCUCCACGAGAAUGGGCAUGACUGCAAAGAGGCUGGCUGUGCACACAAGAUCAGCAGUGCAGAGGGGACCCUGGCAAGCCCCAACUGGCCUGAUAAGUACCCCAGCCGGAGGGAGUGUACCUGGAACAUCUCUUCAACUGCAGGUCACAGGGUGAAACUUACGUUCAAUGAGUUUGAGAUUGAGCAGCACCAAGAAUGUGCUUAUGACCAUGUGGAGCUGUACGACGGGCCCGACAUCCUGGCCCCCAUCCUGGGCCGCUUCUGUGGCAGCAAGAAGCCUGAUCCAGUGGUGGCGUCUGGCAACAGCCUGCUCAUCAGGUUUCACUCGGAUGCCUCUGUGCAGAGGAGGGGUUUCCAGGCACAGCACAGCACAGAGUGUGGUGGUCGGCUGAAGGCGGAGGUACAGACCAAAGAGCUUUAUUCCCAUGCUCAAUUUGGGGACAACAAUUACCCAAGCCAGGCACACUGUGACUGGGUGAUCAUGGCAGAGGACGGCUAUGGCGUGGAGCUCAUCUUCCAGACCUUCGAGGUAGAGGAGGAGGCUGACUGUGGCUAUGACUACAUGGAGGCCUAUGAUGGCUAUGACAGCACCGCACCCAGGCUCGGCCGCUUUUGUGGCUCUGGGCCACCGGAAGAAAUCUACUCUGCAGGAGAUUCUCUAAUGAUUCGAUUCCACACAGAUGACACCAUCAACAAGAAAGGCUUUCAUGCCCGAUACACCAGCACCAAAUUUCAGGAUGCCCUGCACAUGAGGAAAUAAUAUCAAUGCCCUGAACGACAGGAACUGAGAAUGUUUUUUAUAUCAAUUGCACCUUGUGAAUCUGCCCUAAAACAGUGUACAGUAUUUUUUUCUCCCCUCCCCAAUACCCUCAAAAUCAAGUCUCAGAGGUAGGUAUUUGAUAAAGCUUG